UUCGACGGCCCUUCGACUUUCGCCAUGGAGUCCUUGUCCUUCGUGCCAGGCCCCCAAGGCCCUCAAGGCCCUGGGCACCUGCAGGGCCGCAUCCAGCGCCCCAUCCAUCGGCCGCAUUGGCCGAGCAGCGCCACUCCCCAGCGGCAGCCGCUGACGGCGCUGACGGCGCUUCCUUUGAUCGGUGCAGCACUGGUGGGCCGGGCACGCCAUGGCCGCCGCUCGAUUUCGAGAGGCUUGAGACGAGGGAGACGAGUUGCAGUUCAUCGAGCUGCCCAGGAUUGGACCAGGAGAGAUCAGUUGUUAGACAUCGAAAAGGAGAUGCAAACACUUUGGGAAGAGGAGAAGGCAUAUGAAAUGGAUGCUCCUGAAGAUGCUCCUGAGAAAUAUUUUGUGACCUUCCCUUUCCCCUACAUGAAUGGCAAGUUGCAUUUGGGCCAUGCCUUUUCCAUCACCAAAGCAGAGUUCGCCGCCCGCUUCGCACGUCUCAAUGGCAAACGUGUGCUUUUUCCCUUCGGCUUUCACUGCACCGGGAUGCCCAUUGCUGCAGCUGCUCUGAAACUCAAGGAAUGCAUUGCCAAACGAGGCGACGCCACCGAAGCCGAAGCCGAAGCCACCGAAGUCGAGGCUGACCAGGCUGACCAGGCAGCUGAAGCUGCUGAAGCUGCCCCUGGGGUGUUCAAAGGAAAGAAGUCCAAGUCCGUGGCAAAGACGGGAGGCUUGGAUCAGUACGACAUCAUGUUGGCCCUGGGAAUUCCUGAGGAGGAGAUUCCCAAAUUUACGGAUCCCACCUACUGGUUGGAAUAUUUCCCACCUUUGGCCAUCCAAGACAUGAAGCGCUUUGGUACCGCAGUGGAUUGGCGAAGGACCUUCAUCACCACCGAUUUGAAUCCAUACUUCGAUUCCUUUGUUCAAUGGCAUUUCCAAAAAUUGAAAGCCAAAUAUUUGGCCAAUGGCAAGAGGCAGACCAUUUUCUCUAUGACCACUCAACAACCCUGCGCGGAUCAUGACCGAGCAGAGGGUGAAGGUGUGAAUCCACAGGAGUACACCUUGAUCAAGUUGCGGGUCAAGGAGAUCCCAGCUGAAUGGAAGGAGCAACUGGGCGAUGGCGAAGUGUAUUUGGUGGCAGCAACUCUUCGACCCGAAACCAUGUACGGUCAGACCAACUGCUUCGUGCUUCCAGAAGGUGAAUAUGGUUUCUUCCGCACCAAGAAAGGAGAGAUCUUUGUGUGCAGCCAGCGGUCAGCCUUGAACAUGUACUACCAAGACUUGAUGGAAGGCGAUGAGAAGAACGGCCCCAGUGGCCCGAAUGGUCCAACCUCUUUGAUGUCUAAGACGGGUCAAGAUUUGGUGGGUUUGCCUCUUGAUGCUCCACUGUGCCAAUAUGAAACGAUCCAUGUCUUGCCGAUGUUCACCAUUUCCAUGUCCAAAGGCACAGGAGUGGUCACCAGUGUUCCAGCCGAAGCUCCGGACGACUAUGUCUGUUUGCGUGAUUGGAAGACCCGUUCCAAUUGGCGCGAACAGUAUAAGGUCAAAGAGGAGUGGUGUGCUCCCGAUGUGGUCGAUAUCUUGACCUUUGAGGACGACAACGAGGAUGCAGGAUCUUCAGACUCAGCUUCAGCUCCAGCCAUCUGUGAGCAGAUGAAGAUCGGAUCCCACCGAGAGAAAGAUAAGUUGGCAGCUGCCAAGAAAGACGUCUAUCAGAAAGGCUUCUACUCGGGGAUCAUGAAUGUGGGGCCAUACAAAGGAGAGAAGGUGGCCGAUGUGAAAACGAAGAUUCGUGAUGAGUUGAUCGAGAAGGGAGAAGCUGUAGCAUAUUUCGAGCCAGAAUCCAAAGUGGUGGCCCGUUCGGGUGAUGAAUGUGUGGUGGCUUUGUGCGAACAAUGGUAUUUGAAAUACAGCGAUGAAGCUUGGACCAAACGAGUGCGUGAACAUGUGGAGAGCGAUUUCGAGAUGUUCAGUGAUGCCUCGAAGAAUGCCUUGGCACAUGCCGUGGGCUGGCUGGGCGAUUGGGCCUGCUCUCGCACCUUCGGCUUGGGCACCAAGUUGCCAUGGGAUGAACAGUGGCUCAUUGAAAGCUUGAGUGACAGUACCAUCUACAUGGCCUACUACACCAUUGCUCAUUUGGUGGAAAGCCUCAAGGCGGAGGACUUGACGGAAGAGGUCUUUGACUACGUCUUCUGCAUCUCUGAGACACUGCCAAAAAGCCCCGGCGUUCCGAAAGACUUGCUGGUGAAGAUGAGGAAGGAAUUUGAAUAUUGGUACCCUGUGGAUUUGCGAUGCAGUGGAAAAGAUUUGAUUCAGAAUCAUUUGACCAUGUCUUUGUUCAAUCACGCAGCAGUUUGGGAAGAUUCCAAGUUAUGGCCCAGGGCCUUUUAUUGCAAUGGCCAUGUCAUGGUGAACAGCGAGAAAAUGUCCAAGUCCAAAGGUAACUUCCUCACAUUGGAGGAAGCGAUUUCCACCUAUAGUGCGGAUGCGACCCGCAUCGCCUGUGCUGAUUCUGGUGAUGGUUUACAAGAUGCCAACUUUAGCACCGAAUCCUGUGGCAAAACCAUCCUAAGGCUCACCACCUUACAGGCUUGGGCGGAAGAUGCAAAGGCUCGAUUGCCCACCAUGAGAACUGGAGACUACACCUUUCUGGAUGAGAUCUUCAACAACGAGAUCAACAUUUGCCUGGAAAAUGCUCACACAGCUUAUAGAAAAAUGUUGUUCACGGAUGCUCUCAGAUGUGUUUGGUACGAUUUGGAGAAUCUCAGAUCUCAAUACAGUAUCUUGACCAAUGGCGACGUGCACGCUGAGGUGGUCGAACGGCUCCUAGAGAGUCAAACCAUCACUUUGUCGCCCAUUGCGCCACAUUUUUGCGAAAAUCUUUGGCGAAAUGUCCUGAAGAAAGACACUUUGGUGGUGAAACAAAGAUGGCCAGAGUCCAAAGAAAUCGAUGCCUUUCUGGCCCGGCAGUAUGCCUUGAUCCAGGGAUCUCUGAGAUCCUUCCGGCUUCAACUUGAGAAGUUCAAGAGCCCAAAGAAGAAAUCCAAAGAGGUUCCACCGAAGCCCACGCACGCCAUCAUCUUCGUGGCCAAGAACUACAAACCCUGGCAGAUGGAGGUUUUGAAGGUCCUGCAAGGUAUCGAGCUCAAUGAAGACAACGAGCCAAUGGAGAAGAACUUCAUGGGACAACUCCGAGAAGCCGAGAGCAUCAAAGCCUUUCCCAAGCAGACCAUGAAACAAGCCAUGCCCUUUGCGUCCUUCGUGAUGUCCAAGGAAGUGAAGGCCCGUGGGGCCGAAGCCCUGGAACUGGAGUUGCCCUUUGAUGAGGCAGCGAUGCUGCGGGACUUGAGCGACGUCAUCAAGUCGCAGUUAGGAGUUCAGGAGCUUCAAAUCGUCAGUUCUACAGAAGAGGUGGGUUUCGACUUACAGCGGGAUGCAGCCACGCCGGCGAAGCCGCAGAUUGUUUUCAUGGCCAAGGAGAUGGAAAGCGCCGACACGUGAACUUUUCGAUUUUCACUGGAUUUUCGCGAACUUCGCC